GAAAUAGUUAAUAAGUAAAGAACUUAGAUUUAUAUGUGGUGCUUUUGUAAAUUUUUAGAUUGGUUACAGUGAUCGUAGUACUACAUGUACUAUGAUCAUAUGUUAAUGAAGAGCAAAUGAUGUAAAUAAAGUAAGAUCCGUAUUACUUGUGUCGUAUAUCCGUAUCCUUGGAAAUAUUAGAAAGUGUAAUCCUUAUAGUACUGCAGAGUUUGACAAAGUCGUAGACAUAGCAUACCGGUUUGUAAGAUGAAUUGGACACGAUGGGCGUUGGUUUUCUGUGCCUUUUUAUUUGAUUCUAUGAUUGAAGCCUGUAGCCCUUGCACCUGUAAACAGUCGACGAAAUGCUCUGGACAAUCCGCAGAUUGCAGGCGAAAAGGAUUAACAGAAGUACCUUCCACCCUCCCCAGCGACACAUGUGAAUUAGACCUGCGUUCGAACGAGAUUACUACGAUAGAAAACACUACAUUUUCUAGCUUGACAAACCUGGUGUACUUAACUCUACACAAAAACAAAAUUACUACAAUAAAGAACAGAACACUUACUGGUUUGACAAACUUAGUAAGCUUGUAAGUUUUGUUUCUAAGAGUUUGAUCUUAGUAAAAAAAAAAUCGGAGUAUCAAUCCGCCAAAUUAUAACAUCCUGUUGUUUGAUUCAAAAUAUUCGGGAAAAAAGCAUUGUAUUCUUGAAUUUUUAAAAUUUUUACCGGCAAACUUGAAUCAUUCUAUUUAUGUGCAACAUAAAAAAAUUAUUCCAUGUCUUGUAUUGUUAUCUUAUGUUUAUUUUUUUUUCGGAAUUGGUGUGGU